AUGAAAGUUGAAAUUCUAUCCACAGAGCUCAUAAAACCAUAUACUUCUACUCCCCUUAGCCUCAGGCAUUACAAUAUUUCUUUACUAGAUGAGCUAUCUCCAACUAUGAAUGUUCCCACCAUCUUAUAUUACCCUGUUGACAUUCACAGCUGUGGCAAACAAUACCAAGAAUCUAAGAUGGAAGUUGAAAUUCUAUCCACAGAGCUCAUAAAACCAUAUACUUCUACUCCCCUUAGCCUCAGGCAUUACAAUAUUUCUUUACUAGAUGAGCUAUCUCCAACUAUGAAUGUUCCCACCAUCUUAUAUUACCCUGUUGACAUUCACAGCUGUGGCAAACAAUACCAAGAAUCUAAGAUGGAAGUUGAAAUUCUAUCCACAGAGCUCAUAAAACCAUAUACUUCUACUCCCCUUAGCCUCAGGCAUUACAAUAUUUCUUUACUAGAUGAGCUAUCUCCAACUAUGAAUGUUCCCACCAUCUUAUAUUACCCUGUUGACAUUCACAGCUGUGGCAAAGAGAAUGUCACAACUCAUUCAAUAUGCAUGCAUUUGAAAAAAUCGCUUUCGAUGGCCUUAACCAGAUUCUAUCCUUUUGCUGGAAGAUACAUGAAAGAAAGCUACAUGGUUGAUUGUAGUGAUCAAGGUGCAGAAUUUGUGCAAGCCCAAGUCGACAUUCGCCUUGAUCAACUUAUUGGCCUAGGCAAAAAUGUGCAGGUUGAGCUGCUUAAUUGCCUGCUUCCGCGGCCAGUUGGUGCAUGUGACAAAGACACUGACCCUCAGUUAGCUGUGCAAGUGAGUGCCUUCGCUUGUGGCGGAUACGCCAUUGGGAUUUUGAGCUCACACAUAAUUGCAGACAUGUCAACUACGAGCUCAUUUGUUGUGGAAUGGGCGAGGGAGGCAAAGCAGCUACUGGAGGGCUUAGAUCAUGACCAUGACCAUGACUUGUCAGUGUCGCCUAGCUGGAACUCAGCUAUGUUGUUUCCAGGAUGCAAAUUGCCUCGCCUUCCUCCCAGAUUUUCUGUGGAUCAUAAAAUUGUUACAAAAGUAUUUUCCUUCAGCGACAGCGCCAUUCUAAAAAUCCGUGAGAAGGCCAGACUGGACAGCUCAAGCGAGAAAUUACCAACACGGGUCCAGUCUGUGUUCGGGAUAUUAGGCAAAGCUAUUGUUGAUAUUAAUUGUGUAAUCCCCGGAAGGCCUAAGAGAUUUUUAGUCAGCCAGACAGUGAACAUGAGGGGAAGGACCGAUCCACCAAUUUCAAAGAAACAAUGCGGCAAUCUCUACUUGGUUGCAUCUGCUCGGUCCGUGGCAGGGGAAGCAGGGGUGGACUUGCAGAGCCUUGUCGAGCUUCUGACAGACUCUGUCAGGAGAGAACUUGCAAACUGUAAAAAAAUAGUACCAAGUAAAGGAGAGAAAAUGAUGAUAACUCCAGGGUUCAAUGAACUGGGAAAAGCUUUUGCAGAUCCUGAGAUUUCGAGUGUCGUUAUGUUUUCUGAUUGGUGCAAGUUUCCAUUGUAUGAAGCUGAUUUCGGGUGGGGAAAGCCUGGAUGGGUCAGCGGCGUUCAUGUUCCUAUGCCAAACAUUGUCUACCUUCUCCGCGACAGAUCUGGAGAAGGGAUCGAAGCAUGGGUAAAUUUGAGUGUUGAUGACAUGGCUAAACUCGAGCAAGAUGCAAACAUCAUGGAAUUUACCAGUUGA